CACCAUGCUUCAAUCCUCAGAAGCGACUCAAGAGAGGCAGCCCAGCUCUCUGUUCGUGCGCGACUGAUGGAUGGAGUAGAGAGGAAAAGGACGGAGGCUCGGAGGAGCAUGAUGAAAGACAGCGAUCUUAAACGCGACUCCGGCAUCCCUGAGCGCGUGACACUCAAGAAGGAGAUUGGGCUUCUGAGCGCGUGCACGAUCAUCAUUGGUAACAUUAUUGGCUCAGGGAUCUUCAUCUCUCCUAAGGGUGUUCUGGAGCAUUCGGGUUCGGUUGGCCUGGCGCUGGUGGUGUGGGUGUUAGGAGGAGGUAUCGCUGCUCUGGGCUCCCUUUGCUACGCUGAACUAGGGGUCACCAUCCCCAAAUCUGGAGGAGACUAUUCCUACGUCACAGAGAUCUUUGGCGGUCUCAUGGGGUUUCUGCUGUUGUGGAGUGCAGUACUGAUCAUGUAUCCCACCACACUGGCAGUCAUCGCUCUCACUUUCUCUAACUACGUGCUUCAGCCAGUUUUCCCACACUGCGUUCCUCCAUACAUAGCCACACGCAUGCUGUCCACCAUCUGCAUACUGUUUUUGACAUGGGUGAACUGCUAUAGUGUGCGUCUGGCCACACGGAUCCAGGACACCUUUACCGUGGGGAAGCUGCUGGCUCUGGGGCUCAUCAUUACUGUCGGUUUAGUGCAGAUCUUUGGAGGUAACUAUGAGAGCCUGACUCCACAGGUGGCGUUCAUGUUUAAUAAAGCUCCCUCCAUAGGGCAGAUUGCUCUGGCUUUUCUUCAUGCCUCCUUUGCCUUCAGCGGAUGGAACUUCCUCAACUACGUUACAGAGGAAGUGGUGGAUCCGAGGAGGAAUCUGCCACGAGCCAUAUACAUCUCCAUUCCACUGGUUACAUUUGUGUACACGCUCACAAACAUUGCGUAUUUCUCCUCCAUGUCUCCUGAGGAACUGCUGUCCUCCAACGCAGUGGCUGUUACUUUCGGUGAAAAGCUUCUUGGGAUGUUUUCCACCCUCAUGCCGAUCUCUGUGGCACUCUCCACUUUUGGGGGCAUCAAUGGUUACCUCUUCACCUCCUCCAGGUUGUGUUUCUCCGGGGCACGAGAAGGUCAUUUACCCAGCCUUCUUGCUAUGAUCCACUUCAAGCACUGCACGCCGAUUCCAGCUCUGCUCGUCUGUUGCACUGCCACAAUUGUGAUCUUAUGCAUUGGAGAAACUCACAGCCUUAUAAACUACGUCUCUUUCAUCAACUACCUCUCUUAUGGAGUCACUAUUGCUAGCCUGCUCUACUACAGAUGGAAGAAGCCAAACUUAUACAGGCCCAUCAAGGUGAGUCUGCUAGUGCCAGUGUGUUACCUGCUCUUCUGGGCUCUACUGCUGGGCUUCAGUUUGCACUCGGAUCCGCUGGUGUGUGGAGUGGGGCUGGUCAUUAUGCUCACCGGAGUGCCUGUUUAUUUCCUGGGAGUUUACUGGAAAGACAAGCCAAAAUGCAUAUAUGACUUCACCGAGUGGGCAACGUAUCUGGGACAAAGAGUGUUUUUUGUCGUCUACCCACAAAUCGAUCCUAUUGAAGCGGCAGAAUGGACUGACAGAUCUUCUUUCACAAGCAAAGCUUCUGGACCACUCUGAAUUUUGUACUACUUUAAUUUGGCACUUCUUCACUUAAAACCCACAAUUUCCAGGCUUGUAGUAGUAGUAAAAAAGAAAAAGAAAAACAAUAACCGCCUCAUUUGUUUAAAUGGGGACUAUAUUUGUAUGCUUCAGUGGGUAUAAAUGGUACUGUUUCAGCUAUCAUGGAUUGUAUAUUGCACUGGGUAUAGCUCACUUUUUGGUUAGGUGUGUUAUUUCUACUGUUUUCAAACCCUGUAGUUUGCUACUGGGGUUCAAUUGUUGAUACAUGUACAGAAUCUCUUUUGUAUGAUACUUCCCCUGCCAUGUCUUUCCAACAACAUAACAAUUUUUAAAGACACUCCACGCCUCACUGAUGUAAAUAUUUAAGUGCUUCUGACAAUGCUAACGCUUCACAGUUUUGGUCUUUAGUCUCAACUGAUAUUGUUACGUGCAAGCAUAUUUUCUUAUAUGGUUUUAAAAUGAAUUGCUUAAAAUGAUUUGCAAGGGAUUGAAAGGAAUUCUUUAUAUUUAUAGAUUUUUCGCUGUUAAUAACAAAACAAAAUCAGUGUUCAGUAUUUAGAAGAUCCCUGGAGGUCCAGUCAUUUCGAGGCUUCUAAUGAUUCAUUGGCAGGUAAAAGACUACUGCAAACACACUGAAAGAGAACGUCAUAACUCUUUUUUGAUUAAUAGUAGAAAAAAAAAAAAUUACAUAUCUGAUACAACUGCCCUUCCGGGAACGUUCCCCUAACCUAAAGGGAACGUUCUAUUUACGUUCCCGGAAAGUUAUCUGAAGGUUCCCAGAACGUUCUCCUAACCUCUUUACUCUGAUACGCUUCUGUAGGUCAGGAAUCAUCCAGCACUCCUGCGUCCGGUAGAGUAAGCACCGAUAUGUACCUCAGUAUUCAGUACUAAACCAUGUCUUGUUUUAAACUAUUGUUUAAUCAUUAAAGAGAAUCAGAGCACAUUUAACCAUCAUAUGGAACAUUAAAUGAGACUGAAUUAUCCGUUUAACUACCAUGUACCAUAUAAAAACACAGAUUUUACGCUUCUUAAGCACCAAAGAACAAUGACUUCAACAAAAUAUUGGGUUUUAAAAAUGUGGAUUUUAUUUUUCCAUACAUUAAACAUGAAUAACAUUUAUUUGACUUUAAGUAUGAUAACAUUUCAUUCAUUUCUUUCCACUGAAUUAACAAUGA